UGCUUUCUAUUCCUGUCAGCCACAUGCGAGUUGUCAGGCAAUUUCAUAACACAUUUUUGAUAUUAAUUCAAAAAUUACAAAAGUAAACAUUAUAAUUUAUAGGUGAAGUGAGAACAAGUGAUUCAAGAUGAGUACGAUACUAGAGAAAAUUGCGACUAUCGAAAGCGAAAUGGCAAGGACCCAAAGGAAUAAAGCCACAGCUGGCCAUUUGGGUUUACUGAAAGCUCGGUUGGCUAAGCUCAGACGAGAGCUCAUCACCCCCAAAGGGGGUGGCGGUGGUACUGGAGAGGGUUUUGAUGUAGCCAAAACUGGUGAUGCCCGAGUAGGAUUUGUGGGUUUCCCAUCUGUAGGAAAAUCAACUCUGCUGAGUACUUUAGCUGGUGUAUACUCUGAAGUAGCAGCAUACGAGUUUACCACUUUGACAACCGUCCCUGGGUGUAUUAAAUAUAAGGGUGCUAAAAUCCAGCUGCUGGAUUUGCCUGGUAUCAUUGAGGGUGCUAAAGAUGGUAAAGGUAGAGGUAGACAGGUAAUUGCUGUUGCAAGAACCUGUAGUUUAAUUUUUAUGGUCUUGGAUGUUUUAAAACCACUUGGACAUAAGAAACUCAUAGAGCAUGAGUUGGAAGGAUUUGGCUUGAGAUUGAACAAGCAGCCACCAAACAUCAAUUUCAGGAAAAAGGAUAAAGGAGGUAUCAAUUUGAACGUCAUGGUACCACAAUCUGAAUUGGACUUGGAUACUGUUAAAAGCAUUCUGUCUGAAUACAAAAUUCACAAUGCUGACAUUACUUUGCGUUACGAUGCUACCAGCGAUGACUUGAUUGACGUAAUUGAAGGAAAUCGUAUUUACGUCCCAUGCAUUUAUCUACUGAACAAGAUCGAUCAAAUUAGUAUCGAAGAACUGGAUGUUAUUUAUCAAAUCCCUCAUUGUGUACCGAUUUCCGCUCAUCAUAGAUGGAACUUUGAUGAUUUGCUUGAAAAGAUGUGGGACUAUUUGAAACUUGUUAGAAUUUACACUAAGCCUAAAGGACAACUUCCUGACUACAAUUCACCAAUUGUCUUGCAUUCUGAACACACCAGCAUCGAAGAUUUCUGCAACAAACUGCACAGAACCAUUGCGAAAGAAUUCAAAUAUGCCCUUGUAUGGGGUACAUCGGUAAAACAUCAACCUCAGAAGGUUGGUAAAGAUCACCUCUUGUGCGACGAAGAUGUCGUCCAGAUCGUCAAGAAGGUGUGAUAGUAAAACGCGCGGAUUUGGGAUUGAAUUUUGUAUUUUAUAAUUCUAAAUGAAUUUAAGCUCAUGUCAUUGAUUUCAAACUAAUGUUAUUAUUACAUAAAUAAAAUCAAUUUUAAGAUUCA